UUCCAUUAAAUAAUUAUGUAAUAAUAAAGACUAAAUUUACACUAUAUAUAGCAUCAAUUACUUUCAUAUCUUUACAAUAAUAUUUCAUACAAAAUAUAGAAACAUACACACGUACGUACUAUAAUCAAAUGGCAAGUUUCAUUGAAGAAGCCGAGCAGAAGCCAAAGAAGAUUCAGCUGUACUCAUGGUGGAGGAGUUCAGCCUCGGCAAGGGUUCGAAUCGCUCUUAACUUGAAGGGGAUCGAAUUCGAUUACAAAGAGGUGAAUAUACUCAAAGGAGAUCAAUUUAAACCCGAGUUUGUGAAGAUGAGUCCUCGAAGUUUUGUGCCUGUUUUAGUUGAUGGUGAUUCAGUCAUCUUUGAGUCCUCUGCUAUAAUAAUGUAUUUGGAAGAGAAGUAUCCCCAACCCUCUUUGUUGCCUCCACCAAAUGAUCUUCCAAAAAGAGUUCUCAAUUAUCAGGUUGCAAACUUGGUAGCCUCAAGUAUACAACCGUUUGUAAAUAUACAAGUGCAAAAAUAUAUUGAAGACAGAUUUGGGUCAAAUGAGAAGAAGGGUUUGGCUAAACAUCAAUAUAAAAUAGGGUUUGCAGCAUUGGAGAAGUUGUUAGAACAACAUGCUACCAAAUAUGCUACUGGUGAUCAAGUUUCACUUGCGGAUGUGUAUUUGGCACCGGAGAUAGAUUGUGCAAUCAAGUUAUUCGACAUCGAUAUGAACGGCUUUCCAUUGCUGAAGAGGUUGUAUGAUUCGUGCUAUCAACUAAGCACGUUUCGAGACACUGUUAUUGAAGCGCAACCUGAUGCUCCAGAUGAAUGAAUAAUGAAUGAUACAUAUAAUCUGUUAAAGAAUAAAAUGAUUAAUUAAGCUUCCUCUGUUAUUUAUAUUACCUGGUUUAAAUAAAAAAAGUUGAUCAAUGUAAUAAAUUAAGCUUUUUCUGGGUAUUGUAGAGACUAGUGAGUGUGGAAUGUGGAUACAUUCAUGAGUGUUGAGGUAAGGAGUAAUAUGUAAGGUGAUGAAUAAAUAAAUAAUUGGGUACUAAAUGGUUGUGGAUAUGGAAAUUGGGUAAUAAAUAAUUGAAUAUUGUAUUCUGUGUUAUUUGCAAAUUCUUAGCUAUAUGCUUGUGCAGCUAAACUAGGUAUAACAGCCACAUAUAUGAACAUAUAGUAGUUAUAGUAGUUCAAAUAUAUAUAUGAACAUACAUUUUUUCCCCCUUCCUUA